UGGCGGUUUCUUGUGUUUCUACUUCUCAAGAGUUUUGAUUUUAUAUAUGUGAAAAUUUCAAAUGAUUUCUUUUAUUUUAUGAAAAAUAUUGAGCAACCACCAUGCAGGGUCAAGAGGGCCUCUCUGGGUCUUCAGACCACAGACUAGCACUUAUCCAUGAAAUGAGUGCACACAACUUUGAUUUGAUUAGAUUCGCUUCUUAUAGAACUGCAACAAAGUUAAGGUUUAUACAGAAGAAAGUUAGUCUGCAUGCGGUUGAUAUAUGGAACGUUAUAGAAGCAUUCCGAGAGCAAGGUUUGCAUGCCUUAGAGCCAUCGCAGGAAUUGAGUGUAGCUCGAUUGGAAACGUUGCUGUGUUCUUUAUAUCAUAGUUUAAAUAAGAGAGCUCCUCCUACGCAACAAGCUCAUGUAGACGUAUGUUCCAGUUUGUUAUUAAAUUGGAUACUGGCUGCUUAUGCAACAGUUGACAACGUGGGGAAAAUUAGAGUAUUUUCAAUAAAAGUCGCUCUUGCCACACUGUGCGCUGGCAAGCUGAUGGACAAAUUACGUUAUAUUUUCUCGCAAAUAUCUGAUAGCAAUGGAUUGCUAUUGCAAUGGAGGUUUAACGAAUAUCUUCAGGAGGUUUUAGCUUUACCCGCUGCUGUAUACGAAUCUCCUACUUUUAACUACACUGACUCGCUAGCCAACUCUAUUUUCAGUCCAAAUGUUAAAGUAACUGUUAACGAUUUUUUGGAUACAAUGAUGUCAGAUCCUGGUCCUCCUGCGUUGGUGUGGCUGCCCCUUUUACAUCGAAUAGCGAAUGUUGAAAAUGUUGUCCAUCCAGUUCAGUGUGAUGCGUGUCAGAGAGAGAAUUUCACGGGAUUUCGAUACCGCUGCCAAAAAUGUCCGCAUUACACACUGUGCCAAGAUUGCUUUUGGCGAGGUAGAGUUUCUGCGCCUCACGCUCUAGACCAUCAAGUUAAAGAGUAUGCUUCCUUUUCUCCUAGUAAAACCAUCGGUCAAUCUUUGAGAAAGUCUUUCCGAUGCGUCCCUGACAAGCAGAGAAAUAAUUUACCGAGGUUUCCUGAACAGCCUGAGAAAACACUGAACCUUUCCCACAUUGUACCACCGUCUCCCAUUCCGUCACAUAAUGGUUUUCCAGACGGAAACUUUUCAGCUUUCGAUGGCAUGGGAAGUUUGGACAGCAGGUCAACAGCUCGAAGUUUGGAUAGUGCCCGAGAUGAUGAACAUCGAUUAAUAGCCAGAUAUGCGGCAAAACUGGCCCAAGAGGCGAGAGCUGGAAUGUCCCGAAGCGGGUUCAGAAAAAAUUCUCUUUCUCCAGAAACGGGAAGAGUUCCAUCAGAAGCCUGUCUGGGUAUGGACUCUACAAGAGCACAAAGGGAACUGAUCAGUCAAUUGGAAGCUAAAAAUAGAGAAAUUAUGAGAGAAAUAGCCAGGCUGAGGAGACAACAAGAAUUGGAGUCCAGCGGUCAUGGUGCCGAUAACCCCGUGUUAAUGAACGAAUUGAGAGCUUUAAGAAUGAGAAAAGAUGAACUAGAAACACAUUUGACAACAUUACAAGAUUCCCGUAGGCAACUUAUGAUUCAGUUAGAAGGUCUAAUGAAGAUGUUGAAGAAUCAUCAGUCUUCACCAAGGAGUACCCCUAAUUCAUCACCCCGCAGCACAAAGUCCCCACCAUUGCCCCCGGGAGCAGUUCCAACAUCACAAGCCAAUCCGAGAAGUGCCCCUCAAACUCCCAUGGGCAUGCCCCCUUGCCCUAAUCCCGCCAUGGUUAAUUCCAUGACUUCUAUGGGGCAAGGAGAGAGAGAACGCGACCGCGAACGAGAUCGUGAGAGAGAACGUCCUCAACAUAUAUCGUCCCACCCACAAGGGAUUGUACCGCCCUUAGGCUUAGGCAAUAGGGAACAGAUGAAUAGUUUGUCGCAGGAAAGGAAUGAAAGAGAGAGGGGCUUGCAUAAUAUCAACAGUGAUUCCUUGGUGGGGGUUGGGGGUGACGUGAGGAAUGCUUUCGGAGGAUCCUCUAACAUCAAUAUGGGAACAAACGGAAAUGGUACGCCUGGAUCAGUAGGGCGUUCAUUGCGAAAUGAUCUUCUAGUUGCUGCUGAUUCAGUAACAAAUGCCAUGUCAACUUUAGUAAGGGAAUUGAAUUCAGAACCUUCGAUGCAGCCAGAGGCUAGUGGUAUCAGAAAACCUCUUGAUUUUGAAGAUGACGGCGAAGAUGAAUCUGAUGGUGGUUGGCAGCAGGAACUGCAACGUCGUUAUGCUCAGGAAGCAAAUUUUAUGGCGGAAUUACGUGCACGUCAUCCUGCCAGUCCUCCAGAAAAUAAUCAAUCAGGUGGUCAAAAUUAUCCACCUACUUCGUUUGGGCAAAACUUUAAUCAUAGCGGACAAAAUUUUCAUAUACAAGGAAUUCAUUAUCCUCAAAAUCAUAGCACAAAUCCAGGACCUGGCUUUGUUAAUCAGCAACAGAAUUAUCCUAACUAUACUCAAGCUUCAAAUCAAAGUCCUUUUGGGCAUCAGUCCACUAGAUCUGACAAACAUUCACAUCAGGAGUCUAUCAAAAACAACGAUAUAAGAGAGGAAGAUGUUGAAGAGGAAGUGGAAGUCAAAAACAAGGAAACCUUACAAUUUGAGGAGGCUUUAAAACAGUGGGUAAAUCGAUAA